CUUGCACUCUGAGACUACCCAAGACCGAACAUUCCUGUGCUUGCAUGUCCCAAGAGGGCUCAACAAGUCACAACUGAAACGAUUGACAGUCACCGUGAUCCACAAUGGCCGCACAGGACCACCAACCUAGGUUUGAGACCUUGCAAUUGCAUGCAGGCCAAGAAGUCGAUCCACACACCAGAUCACGAGCUGUACCGAUAUAUGCAACCACAUCAUACGUUUUCAAUGACUCGGCCCACGGUGCGAGGCUCUUUGGCCUCAAGGAGUUCGGAAACAUUUACUCGCGAAUCAUGAACCCCACUGUCGAUGUGUUGGAGAAGCGUGUUGCAGCUCUGGAAGGGGGUGUUGCUGCUGUUGCAACGGCAUCUGGACAAGCGGCCCAGUUCAUGACUAUUGCUGCUCUCGCGACAGCCGGAGACAACAUCAUUUCGACCUCGAACCUUUAUGGAGGCACCUACAACCAGUUCAAGGUCGCAUUCCCGCGUUUUGGUAUCACGACCAAGUUUGUCAAUGGUGACAAGGCAUCGGACUUUGCGGCCCUCAUCGACGACAAGACCAAGGCGAUCUACAUCGAAACCAUUGGCAACCCGAGAUACAACGUUCCAGACUUUGAGGCAAUUGUGAAGGUUGCGCAUGCAGCGGGUGUUCCAGUCGUGGUGGACAACACUUUCGGUGCCGGAGGGUACUUCGCUCGCCCGAUCGACCACGGGGCAGACAUCGUUGUGCACAGUGCGACAAAGUGGAUUGGAGGCCAUGGGACAACAAUCGGCGGUAUGGUUGUGGACGCUGGCAAAUUCGACUGGGGAACGCCAGCGGCACGCAAACGAUUCCCACAGAUGAGCGAGCCGUCAGAUGGAUACCACGGACUCAAGUUUUGGGACACGUUUGGCGCAAUCACAUUCAUCAUCCGGCUGCGAGUCGAGAUUCUCCGUGAUCUUGGUGCUGCGCUGAACCCAUUCGCUGCUCAGCAACUACUGAUCGGCCUCGAGACCCUCAGCCUGCGAUGUGAGCGUCACGCACAAAAUGCUCUGCAGCUCGCGACGUGGCUUGAGAACAACCCCAAUGUGGCAUGGGUGAGCUACCCGGGUCUGACCAGCCAUCCGAGCCAUGAAUUGGCGAAGAAGUACCUGCCAAGAGGGUUCGGAGGUGUUUUGUCAUUCGGCGUGACUGGAGGUGGAACUGCUGGUAGCCAGGUCGUGGACGGCUUCAAGCUCAUCUCCAACUUGGCCAACGUGGGAGAUUCGAAGACUCUUGCCAUUCACCCAUGGACCACAACCCACGAGCAGCUGAGCGAUGAGGAGAAGAUUGGCAGUGGCGUGACUGAGGACCUCAUUCGCAUCUCUGUCGGUACUGAGCACAUUGACGAUAUUAUUGCAGACUUCGAGCAGUCCUUCGCGCAGGCAGCCACAAAGCCCGGGCAGGGCACAGAUAAUAGUCAGGUCAACGGCGAUGCCAAAGGACAAGGCAAGACCGUCGUCUAAACUCCGGAGCCUGGAUACGUUGGCAUGGGAUUACUAAAUGGAGAUGGGGGAGCGCAGGCAAGGCAAGGCAGGGCAGGGCAGGGCAGGGAUCGAUGGCUGGGGAAAUCAACAAAAAGUGAGCUUCGAAAAAAAGCACGAUACCUGGUAGGCUGGUUACUGGUAGUUCUCCAUAAUGAGUAGUUGUUUGUCC